AUGCCAAAGUCUAUGAACGAAGCCUCCGACUCCGCCAACGGAACCUCCGACACUACGAAGAAUUCGAAUCGCCUAGAAAUCCUCAAAGAAGAAGGCAACAAACUCUUUUUGGAAAAGAAGUAUACCGAGGCUAUCACUAAAUAUACCAAAGCUAUUUCUCUUGAUGGUGCCGACGUCGUUCUGGCGGUUCUUUAUGCCAAUCGAGCUGCGUGUAGGCUUAGUUUGAAGGGGUAUGCCGAGGCUGUGAAGGACGCACGUAAGGCUACUGAGCUCGACCCGACAUACACGAAAGCUUGGGCAAGACUUGCUACCGCUCAUGAUAGAUUAAAACAACCCUCGAGAAGUAGAGAGUUUUGGCAAAAGGCCAUCGACACGCUCGCAUCCACCACUCGCGACGCAGAACUGAAGCAAAAAGAACAAUAUGAAAAGAGUCUAGCUGCUGCGGAAGCUGCGAUUGAGGAGACACGAAGUUUCGAAGCUAGACACGGGCUUUUGACUGUACCUCACAGUCAAAACUCUGAAUUACCUUGGACUAUCGCGAUUGGGCUGAGACGACAGCUGAAGAGGGAAGGGAGGUACCGAAGUUGUGCUUGGGCACUCGCAGAUGCAUACGAAUCAUUCCAAUUGGGAACAAGUCAAAUGGAUUAUAUGGCGACGAUGGGUGGCCAUGCGCGGUUUGAUUUACGAUCAAUCGAAAAUAUCACGAAUGGAAUCCUUCUGGAUCAUCGAGUAUUCCAUAUAACCGAUUCAAGUUGGAUAUUGAAGGUGCAAAUUCAGAUCAGAGGAGAAACAACUUGUACCGGAGCAUGGACAGACGCGGAUCCCGCUACGCUCAUUCAUGAGGCACCUAACUGGCAGGUAGAGAGAGGGUGGGAUUGGGUUCGACAAGCCGUCGGGAACACCGUUCGAUGCUGGAUUCUCCAAGGAUAUCUUGCAGGGGGUUUACGACAGGACCCGGUCGGUGAAAUGGAAUAUCUCGAUAACGCCCUUGAAGUCAUCAACUGGGGUCGGAGGGUCUGGCAUGACAUUAGUACGGAAAAUCGCGGUGUUAUUUUCCUCGACACAUUUCUUUAUGGCGUUCAGAAGCUGCACAUGGAAGCCGUGAUGAAGGUUUGCUCGAGGACGACCAAUGUCGAACGGAAGCGGCAACUUUUGGAGAAGCUACUCGAAGAAGCGGAAUCAGUCAUCAGGAAUGUGGAUCGUAGCACGAUACCACGUCGGGAGGACGAUCCUGUUUAUACGCUGGGGUAUUAUUACCAUCCCCGUGGCUACGCGUAUUCAAUGAGGGGAUAUUAUCUUAGGGAGCAGGCCAAAUUGACCAGAAAGCAAGUAGAGCAGAAGAAAUUCAUGCGGGAAGCUGCGACUGCCUACAAGGAGGCUUCCAAGCACUUUGACGAAGACGAUGAGAGCCAUGCUUAUUUCCUUUGUGUCGCGGCUGAGAAUAUGCUAUCAGGCUCUGCACCUGCCGCGUUGACGUUGGAGUGUUUACAGGAGUUGAAGGAGGCAGUACCGAAGAUCUACAAGAUAUGGGCCAAUUCCUCGAUGUCGAGACAGGGCCGCGAACAGAUGUUUCAGAUUCAACUGAAGUACGAGCCGAAGCUUCGUAGGAUGUUGGAGGAAGGCAAAAUAAAGAACGAAGAUCCUGUGAAACUGGAGAAGCUCUAG